AGAACUUGGUAUGACAUCGCCAGAAAAACAGUUAUACAAAUCUUCGGUAGGCAAAAAUCAUUAUCGCCAUUUUUGAGUCGCCCUUCCGCUGUGUUUGUCUGUCUGUCGCUGCUGAGCCCCGUUUGACUCUUUAUUAUUGGUGCUGUUGUUUGCAUAUAGUUUAUCCAUAUAUCCCCCCCUUCCUUUUGGUGUUUUCUAUUCGGAUUCUAUUCUUCAUAACCCCCCAAACACCCCUCUGAUAACCCUCUCCCCCCCCCCCCCCAAUCAGGGUUUCCCUCAAAUAAGCAGCUAAAAAGGAAGAAUCGGCUCUGCCCCGUCGUUGCAGGUGCUGGCCGCUUCAGUAUGGUGGCAGAUACCGCCUACUAUGAUGUCUUGGGCGUCCCGACAAAUGCGACAGAGAUACAAAUUAAAAAGGCAUAUAGAAAACUAGCCAUCACCACUCAUCCGGACAAGAAUCCCGGAGAUGAAACUGCCCAUGAACGAUUCCAGGCGAUCGGCGAAGCCUAUCAAGUCCUAAGUAAUGAGCAGCUACGAAAACAGUAUGAUAAGUUUGGUAAAGACCAAGCGGUGCCCGAUAGCGGGUUCGAGGACCCCGCGGAAUUUUUCAGUAUGAUCUUUGGAGGCGGUGCCUUCAUUGAUCUUAUUGGCGAAAUUUCCCUCAUGAAAGAUAUUACGCAGACCAUGGAUAUCACUAUGCAGAAUGAAGAGGAGGAUGAACAAGCAGAACAAGCAGAGCUGGCGGAGGCAGCAAAGGAAAAACUCCAUGUACAUGACAAACCUCGUCCGGAGCAUUCAUCCCAAAAGACAAGCGGAAGCACUCCCCCCCCCCCUCAAUUCACGGAUCAGAAGGAAUCCACGAGUGUCCCGGAGCUGAAAGUUCUUUCUACCGAUGUCCCCCACCAAUCAGGUCCGAGCUCCGGCGCCAAUACUCCUCGUCGCUACCUAGGCCAACACGCUAUCAUGGAUCGAUCGGAUGAGGAUGUGAGGAUGGAAAGUAUUUCGGCAGAAGAGAAGGAGCUGCGGAAGAAGGAGAAGAAAAAGGGCGGCCUCACCAAGGAACAGCGGGAACGCCUAGCGGCUUUCGAAAUGGAAAGAAGACGUCAGCGGGAAGAACGGAUCAACAUUCUUUCCCAGAAACUCAUUGACCGCAUUAGUAUCUGGACAGAAACCGACAUGGGACAGGAUGUAACGCGCGCGUUUGAAGAGAAGAUUCGUCUAGAAGUCGAAAACCUCAAAAUGGAAUCCUUUGGACUGGAAAUCCUCCACGCAAUUGGCACGACCUACAUACAAAAGGGCACAGCAUUCCUGAAAUCCCAGAAGUUUCUAGGCAUCUCUGGUUUCUGGUCGAGGCUGAAGGACAAAGGCACCUUGGCAAAGGAAACAUGGCACGCCGUUUCUACAAUGGUCGAUGCCCAGAUGAGUGCGGAGCAUAUGGCGCAACUGGAGGAACGGGGCGGCGAGGAUUGGACUGAUGAGAAGAUGGCAGAACAGGUCAAAAUUGUCACAGGGAAGAUGCUUGCAGCUGCGUGGCGUGGAAGUAAAUUUGAGAUUCAGAGCGUCCUCCGGGAUGUGUGCGAUAAGAUCUUGAACGAUAAAGGGGUUCGGUUGGAGAAACGUAUCGAUCGUGCUCAUGCUCUCGUUCUCAGUGGGAGGAUAUACCAGUCGGCUAAACGUACUCCAGAAGAGGAGGGUGAUUACAUGGCCUUCGAACAGUUGAUGGCGGAGGCUACUGCUAAGAAAGCCAAGAAUGAGAAAAAAAGGGAUGGUAAAAAGCCAAAGACAGAAUCUGCUAGCGAUACUCAAGGACCUUCGGAACAGGGUACGUCAAACUGAUGUUGCCAUUGGACGGAGAUGAGUUGUACCUGUAAUUAAUGGGUGCGUCCAAGGGAACUUUCCUCCUCUUUGCUGCGGUGUUUUCGUUGAUAGAUAUACAUUUUUCACGAUCGUUUGCCCCUUUACCCUUUUUGUUUUCACAUACGGCUCCCAACUCAGCGGCUUGGCAUUUACUUGUUGAACACUUGAGAUGUAUUGUAUCUAUGUAGAGAUAAGACGAUAUUAAUCAUAAACUGAAUUUGAACACA